CUGGCGUUAAGUCAAAAUGAGGUAACGUACGCACCGGAACGGCGAGGAAUAUUGUGCAAAAUGUCUUUGUGUCAUAGUUACAUGCCAAAUUACUUCUCGAUCGACGAUAUUCUCUCCAGUCAAGAACGAGUUUCAUGCAAGAUCGAAGUCAAACUGCCAGGUCUCGGCUACUUGGACGUGUCUUCGGAGUCGCCAGAUCUGCAACCAGGAACAAAAUUGGACCUCCCUCACUGGCUUGCGUACCCCAUGAGUUCCAGGACGCAUCCAUUCGUCAGUAUGGAAGUCCCUAGAAUAUACACGGAGGCAUAUCGCGAAAUUCUAACUGCAGACGCAUGCGCGGUGGCUCUUAACAAGUGGAGUUGCUAUUUCUAUGAGUUCGGAAUUCACCUCGCUCAGUACGAGAAUAAUGAUUGCAAGAGUAUUCAGGAUCUACUAUUGCAGACGUUCAAAUCGCGGUUCAGACUAGUAAUGGACUGGGCUCAAAAUACAGGAACAGAUCCGACGGUAGGAUUGCAGCUUCCUAUUCUGGAGAGAAAAUUAUUUUUAACAGGUAGAAAGUCUAGGUGUCUCUUGAUUUCUUGGUUGAAAGAAGGCGGCGGUAAUAUUGAGACAUCGGAGAUGGUAGCUAAUCAUAAGAAACGGAAACGAGCCGAACUAGAGGAUGAGAAUACGUGAUAGCAGGCAAUUUUUAGAUAUUCUAACUUAUUUUAUUACUUUGCUCUGCCGUCAGUAGAGAUUCGGAAGCUACUCGAAUCGAUGGAAUUCUUCUGAAAAUUGAAUCGUUGAUCAGAUUGAAAGCUGGACAUUAGAUAACUCCUCGUAUGAAAAUGAAUUGUUUCUUAAUUACUCGGGGUGAGAAUGACGGGAUAAAAAUUUGGUUUUAUAUAAAUAAAUAAUUAGAGGUACACUCUUGCUGUUUUAGAAUCGUACAAUUAUAACCCUUUAUUUAAACAAGUGGAAUAGAUAGGUUUGAAUAAUUAUCACUAUUACUAGGUAACAAAUGUAAAUAUUCUCUUCCGUGCUAUUCUCCAACGAAAUCAGUCACAUGAUAUAACUGCUAACGGUAGAAAAAUCAUAAUAACAGUAAUAAUUGUAAUAAUAAUAGUUAUAAUAAUAAUAACAAUAAUCACGCAACAAACAACAGGUUCAUCAUUUAUCUCACAACCCAUUGACUACGUAAGGUUAGAAUGGAAAGAAAAUAAACACUAAUUAUUGAUUGAUUUAAUGAACAAACAAAAACUCUGAUUUUUGUAAGCAAUUCUAUCCGAAUUUCAUAACCGCCGGAGAGAUAUAGUUAAAAAAAAAAAACAAAAAAAAACAUUUUUGAGCUCACGCAAGUUGUUUGUACAAAGAACACCAGAAUUAAAUUCAAACCAAAUUAAUUAGAAGAGAAAGAAACGCUAUAUCUACUAUUCGGGCGUGUGUCAUGUGAUUUUUGUUUCGUUUGUUUAAUUUUUUUUUUAUUAUUUAUUUCUAGUUUGUUGAAAAUAUAGGAAAGUUUUAUUUUUUAUGCAUAAAUCUUAUAUUAAUUGUGGAGUAAAAACUAUAUAAUAUGUUACUAUUGCUUUGUGUCCGGCCGAGUUUCCACAUCAAAUUCUAAUAAACUAGCUGAAUUCUUAUUGGAAUUUUUUUUUCCUCUUUCUUCAGAUUUUG